UUACAUCGUAUGAGGAAGUAACCGGACGGUUAAUGAAAAGCUCGGGACGUUGGCAAUCUUGGGCCCAUUUGGACGCUUUCUGCUGAACCACUCAACUAUGUCGAUCACGAACCCGAAACAAACUGUUCUGAAUCCGACCAUUCCCUUUGCUGGGACAAUCCUGGGAGGUUUACAGCCGGGGGAGAUGGUGCUCAUUCAAGGCACUGUUCCCAGUGAUUGUGAGAGGUUUCAGGUGGACUUCACCUGUGGGAACAGCACAAAGCCCAGAGCGGACAUAGCCUUCCAUUUCAACCCUCGCUUUAAGAGAUCUCCCUGCAUCGUGUGCAACACACUGGAGAGAGAGACCUGGGGAAAGGAGGAGAUCCUGUAUAAGAACGCUUUCACAUUGGGGUCAACGUUUGAGAUGAUCGUCCUGGUGCAGAAAGACGAGUUUAAGGUGGCAGUGAACGGUGCUCAUGUACUGCAGUAUAACCACAGACUGGACCUGGAUAAGGUGGACACACUGGCCAUUUCUGGAAAGGUCAAGGUUCAGGCCAUCGGCUUCUUCCCCGGCUCUAACUCCGGUCCACCUCCACCUGGUGUUGUGAACAACAGAGACCCACAAGCCAAUGAAGUGCUUUCAAUGUCAGAUGACUUGAGUCUGCCCUUCAGGGGCAAACUGACCAAGGGGUUGAGUGUAGGACACACCAUCACAAUCAAAGGACAGACCAGCCUGUACCCACACAGCUUCUUGGUGAACCUGAGAGUCGGUAACACGGAGGACAUAGCGCUCCACCUGAACCCCCGUAUGAAGGCCGCCGUGUUCAUCCGUAACUCCUACCUGUCCGAGUGCUGGGGCCCCGAGGAGAACACCCUGCCCAGCUUCCCCUUCUCCCCUGGGGAGUACUUUGAGAUGAUCAUCCUGUGUGAGGCCCACCAGUUCAAGGUAGCGGUGAACGGGGUCCACCAACUGGACUAUAAGCACCGUGUCCAGGACCUGAGCCGCAUUACUGAGCUGGAGAUCCUGGGAGACCUGCAGCUGCUGGAUAUCAAGCUGUGGUGACCCCUGACCUCCAAGAUCUGUUUUAUGUCCCAAUUGUCUCUCCUUCCUCCCAAAGUGUGCUUUUGUUCACAUUCCUUCGCUGAUUUGAAAGGAAAUGACCGGCAUGAGAAAUAUGGUGGUUAACUUCCUCUAGCUAGCCUAUGCCUUCAUCAAUCCAAUGCUUUUAAGGAUAUAUUAUUGGGACACACUGCUAACCUCCAAGAUCUGACCCCAGUCACCCUUAGAAGGACCUCCAACUCUGGCUACGUCACAAUUCCAGAAACCCUUUUCCAGAAAUGUAGUAGCAGUAGCAGACCUUUCCCACUCCCCGUCAUGGAUUUAAAAGGAUUGGUGCAAGCAUUGGCUGGAGGAAGUAUCCACCAUUGUAAAAGCCAUGCAAGAAAGUGUGCAAGUGUGCAUUUUGGGAGAAGCAUGGAGAAUGGGCCAUAGCCACCUCAGCCAGGGACUCAAUAUAGCUUCGCUGAAAAGCAUCUUCCACUGCAUGUCCUCUACCCAUUUUAUCCUUGAUAUUCCUCCUAUGUGCAUGGUCUGGUUUUAAUUUGGGAUUCUCAGUACAUUAAUGGACUACAAAUCAAGUAUCUGACAACAUAUCAAUUCAUUUUGGGGCAGGUUGAAUGUAAUUGGCAAAUGAUCUGUGGAAGCAGGUAUGGGUAACGUGACAAACGGGUAGGUAAACAGAAACACCUUUUCAUUCAUUUGAGGCAACGUGGGCAGGGUGAUCAGGUGGCUAUUGUGAUAGUAUCACUAUGAUCCGUUUUGUAAUAAUCAUUUUCGGCCUAACGCAUCAGAAUAGCAAUACUUUCAUUUAUUAACGCUUGUUAUUUAAGCAUGUGCUUUAGCCGUUUUAACUUUUUCAUCCCUGGCAUGUGAAAGCGUUCCUAUUAGCAGGUUAUCUAAUUUACUAGACUACGGCUAAAUAUUUUACGCCACGGGCAUAAAAUAUGGAUGAAAGCUUAUCUAAUUUAAUAUAGCUCUAAGCUGUUGCACUGCUACCACUUCUCCAAUCCAAAAAUGGCAUAAUGUGAUAUGUUAUACAAUAUACCAUGUAGUACAAGAGUGAGCUUGUAUGCUUUUGAAUGACAUUCUUGUUUACCCUUUUGCCUAGUUAAAUAAAAUAAAAAUACCCUUGAUAACUGAGCAAAAAGGUGUAUUUUAUGUUUACGAUAUACUGUGGCUAAACUGACAAUGGCGUAUAUAGCAACUUAACCACUAUGUAUCUUAUAUAAGCAAUAUCUGUGCAAAUAUACAAUUUAUCAGGGAGCCUCUUUAACAAAAAGUUGGGUAGUCAUCAACUUUCCUAUGCAAGUUUCCACACAGAUAUUCGUGAGCUAUCAUUUUAAAGGUGGAUUUUGUGCAUAUGCUACCUGUGUGUUGAGUAUUUUCUGUCCCCAAAACUGAAGUUUUAUAUUUGAAUAUCAACCAAGAACAACUGUAAGCAAAAGUCUACAAGCUUUACCAUAGGAAAUUACUGAAGUAUGUAUAAAGUUGUGUGACCAUAAUAAACUAACAAAUUAAAGUCGCA